AUGAUAGCAUUCAGAUGGACUGGUAUUCCUAAACUUUCAGAUAUCUCUGCAAUGGUUCAUGGUUGUGGCAAUCGAAUGGUGAAAAUUUUAUUUUUCACCGCAAAUUUAUUAAUCUGUUUGUUUGGCACACUCAUUUUUGGCUUCUCAUUAUGGGCUAAUUUGGAUAAAGAUUUCGCAUCGAAAUUGGAAACAGCACUAAGUGUAAAUGCAGACGACUUGACUGUACUGGCAAGAUACCAAACAUUAUUAUGGAUGUUGAUAAUUAUUGGUGCAUUCCUGUUUUUCGUCGGUUUUCUCGGUUGUUGUGGUGCGAUGUGCGAAAAUGUCAUACUGUUAACUUUAUUCUUCAUCAUUGUACUAGCACUUACAAUAAUUGAAGUUGGCACAGUAAUAUUUGCUGCUAUCAACAAAGAACAAUUCAAAAAUGUUUUACAUCGUUACAACAAUUUAUCGGAAAAUCUAAUGAGGAUGAUGAAGGAUUCUUGCUUGUAUGUGGAGAAUGCUUCUGAUCGAUUAUCACCUUUUCCAUUUCAGAAGUUACUAUCAAAGGUUGACCAAGCGGAAGACAAAUAUUUGCAAGAUUUGAAACCUAUCCAAGAUGUUCUCCAAUGCUGUGGUGCGACACAAGAAACAAUGGAGCGAUACAGGGAACAUGGCCUAUGUAAAGGAGAAUUAAGCAAUAAGGCUCGGUUUUUUUUUCUUUUUAAAAAUAUUUUUUGA